AUGGAAAGUAAUAAAGUCUAAUAGAUGGAGAAGGAUGGAUUGAUUAGAGCAAUGAUUAUUAAGAAAUAUAUUCUAAAUUAUUUCAUUUAUAAAAUGAUUACUAAUUUAGUUCGUAAUAUAGUACAGUUUGGAGGUACAUCAACAUUUGAAAAAGCUAGAUUGUCAGCUACCUAUAAAGGUGACUAUUAUUAUCCAAAUGAAAGUGAUAUUGAAGGUAUUCUUGAAAAAUGACUAGCAAUUAUGCUUACACUCUCCGGUAAGGAUCCUGAAACACGUCCUUAAGUUGGAUUUACGACAAUAUUAGCCAAAUUAGAAUAAUCACAAUCUAAAAUCUAUUGGAAUUAUAUAAUUAAAAACCUAAUAAUCUUAGACAGAUGUAUUGAGUAUAGGUUUUUUGUGUCAGAUAUAGCAGAUAUGAAUGUAAAUUAUGUAGAGAAUUAUGUUGAAAGAGAUUAAAAAUAUAGUAUAUGCAUUUAUCAAUUUAUUAGAAAGUUUAUCAAUGGAUUCAUUUAUUAGAAAGUAUUAUCUCUAUUUGAAGAAGAAAGCUGCACUUUAUUCAAUAAAAAAAUCAAGUUUUAAUACACCAAAAGAAGAGAAAAAGAAUUAUUUUAAGUAAUAAUCAGCUGAAAAUAUAUUUGAAGAAUUUAAUAAAGGAUAACAAUUAUUUGAUUAGAUACUUGAUGUAAGAAUCAUAUCUGCAUUAUUAGAUAUCUAUUCAUGAUAAGAAUGGAUUAUUAAAAUACAGAUUGAAUUAGUAUGUCUAUUAAUUGUUAUUGUUUACAAUGCUAAAUUUGUAUUAUAAUUCAUACAUAUUGAUUGUCAUACUAAUAGAGAGAUUACUUAAAAUGCCAAUUAAUGAAGUCAAAUAAUUCAAAGAUAUUUAUAAUCAUUUUCUAAAAAAUAAUGAAGUCCUUGUAAACUUCAUUAAUACAAGACUAUAUAUUAAAGGAUUUUCUGAUAUAAAUACAAGUGAGAUAGCUAGAAUUGAUACAAGAAUAAUAGGAGCUAUAGAGGAAUAUGUAAGAAUAGCUGAGAAAUCAUAAAAUUCAAUUGGAUUAUCAUAAGACAUCUAAAUAUCAGCUGAUCUUAUUGAUGAAGAAUUGAUUUUUGAUUAAGUUGAAAUUAUCAGAGAUAGCAUAUAUUAAAGAGAUGGUUAAGCUGAACCAAAUAGAGGUAUAACCCUAUUUAAUAUUUACAGCUGUUGGUCAUAAAUUGAGUAAUAUUCAAUAUACUGUUUAGAAACUCACCAGUUUCGAAUCGAAAUUAAAAGAUUAUUAACAUAAAUACAUAAAGAAAUAUCCAUAAAGUUCAUUCAAUACUGAUGGAUUUAAAGAAGAUCUAUUUAAGAGUUUAGCAAAUAAUUAUUCUACUGAGUAUAUUGUAAUAGAUCCAAAAUUAUUUAAAACUUUGUCUUAUCAAAAUGAAAGAGAAUCAAGUCAACCUCAUUCUAGUAUAGAAUCUGAAUAUCAUGAUGAUGGAAUUAAAAUAGAAUUUAUUUAACCAAUUAAUGAUUUUGAUGAAAAUGUAUUUUUUUCAAUUAAAGAUAUCUUUUGUUUUGAAGUACCUAAAAUUAUUGACAAUAUUGAAUAAUUUCCUAAUGCAGAUGAGGAAGACUUUCCUGAUUAUAAAGAUGAGGAAGAUAAUUAUUGA